AUGAUUUUUCAGAUCUUUCUUCUUCUGCUCACAAUCUUGCGAUUCAACGAAUCUACCGUAGUCAGUUUCGAAAACUCCCUAAUCUGUGGAUAUUAUGGAAGAAGAUGGUGUGUUAUUGGCAUUUUUCUCGAGGCUGAUGAGUAGGUUAUCAUUAACUUAUAAGUAUUUGUUAACACAGAAAUUAUUUCUAGAAAUUUAAUGUUUCGAAACUUUGACGAGAUUUUGUUCACCAGAAGAUACUGUAGCAAUGGUAGAAUUCAUUUCAAAACUCGACCAACAGGAAUGGAUUUUGAUGGACCAUUUCAAUCAAGUUAUGAAGUUGUGGUUGGACUUCGGCAUAAUUGCACAAGAAAUGGCGAUAUUUUUGAUGCCAGGUUUGAUCAUGACGUGGCAGAAUCAGAUGAGUAUGUUUGCUUUUAUUUCUAGAUAGAUAGAAAGCUGAUUUUCAGACCAAUAACAAUAAUAACUCUAGAAGAUUUAACUGAUGUUGGAGAACGUUAUGUUGAUGAUCGAGUUCGUGCGUGGAAAAGAACACAUUUUCAAAAUACUGUUGUGGAAGGUAGAAAUCUGAUGGAUUGGGAGUAUGACUAUGGACGUUUUAGAUGGAAUUUUAGAACUUAA